AUGGCCUCCCAAGGAGGCCUCACGCGAAGGCGUGGUGCUGGAGGGGCCACGUCGCCCAACGGAGAGGACGAGUCCUCCAGCCGGGUCACAUCCCCUGUCCCCAAAGCAUACAACGAUCGAUCCCCCGAGACCGCCUACGAAUCCAGCGAGAAUGGCCACCGGAUCGCCUAUGACCCCCGAGACAUCAGCGAGAGCGCAGAACGGAGUAAACAACCCAAGCUGACCCUAAUGGAAGAGGUUCUGCUGCUGGGCCUGAAGGAUAAGCAGGGGUACUUGUCGUUCUGGAACGAUAACAUCUCAUAUGCCUUGCGAGGCUGCAUAGUCAUCGAGCUGGCAUUUCGAGGUAGAAUCAGCAUGCAGAAAGACUCCUCGAGGAGACGGUUCCCACUCUCGGACAGAAUCAUCGAAGUCAUAGACGACACCCUUACAGGAGAAGUACUGUGUGACGAAGCUCUGAAAAUGAUGAAGACGAGUGAGAAGAUGAGUGUCAGUUCCUGGAUCGAUCUCAUGAGCGGUGAGACGUGGAAUCUGAUGAAAAUUGGCUACCAAUUAAAGCAAGUCCGCGAGCGACUGGCCAAGGGCCUUGUGGACAAAGGCAUCCUGCGCACCGAAAAACGAAACUUCCUCCUCUUCGACAUGGCCACCCACCCCGUAGUCGACUCCGCAGCCAAAGAUGAAAUCCGCAAGCGUGUACGGAACGUCUGUACUAGCCGCACCGUCGUACUGCCUCCGUCGCAGUUCCUCCCCGCCGAGCUCGAUUUCCGCAUGCUGAGAACGGUGAGCAUGGUCUGUGCCGCUUAUGCAGCCAACGUGCUUGAAAAUGCUCUGGUGACACUGGGUCAUGAGGCAAGAGAGAGAGCGUUUGCCCAAGUGGACGAACUAUUGGCAGAGUAUUCACAGUGGCCCUUUGCAAAGAGGGCCGGUGGACAACAGGGAAUUGGAGCAAAUAUUGGCCAGGUGAUUGCAGACGAGGUCGAGAAGAACAAGGACAAGGAAUUACAGCUUGAGAUGUCGACAAGUUCUGCUCAUCAUCCAAUGCUUGCUCGGAUCGCAACCGCCGUCCCCUGCCCCAUCGUGAACACGCGUCAAGGAUCUGUCGCUGUGGUCCGUGAAUCUGAGCGAGAGUCCCGAAGGUCCCAGGCCCAUUCCACCGCUUCCCGAACUUGGACCAUUGACUCUAAUACCAGUACGAUCAGAGACAAUCGCGAGCGGGCGCUCAUACCAGCGACAAAUACCGCCGGGUCUCGGUCUCGAAGAGAGACUUCACGCCACGACGAUCGCGACCGGUCCCACAUCGCACACGACCGCGGUGACUACAGCUCUUCCCUGUCUCGAUCUCGCACUGUGUCGACGACUACCCGCUCACGCGGGGACGGACGACGUGACAAUCGUGACGAAGACAGCAGUCGCACUCCAAGAGAUAACGGCGUCGUUGAGUUGUCCGACCUGUUUGGGAGCAUGAGCAUGGCAAACACGUCUUCAUCCCGCCGAAGCUACCGUGGUGACUCAAGCCACAACGACACGCCGGCGUUGAGUCUCAUCACACAGUUUACCUGCACCCGCCACAGCGUCGCCCAGUGCCCCAAUACUGUCGGGGCCGAGGCAAGACGCCGGGCGGCGACCGACGAUCGUCGCCCGUCGAGGCCCGCCAGGCACGAGAUCCCCUUCCGCCGGCUCCUCGCACACCAUGACGUGAAGCAACGCGAUGUCAAGAUGACCUACCACGAGCAGGACCAUGAGAUCGACCUCGAACUCCCCGACUGGUUCCUGAUUCGUGUUCCCCCGGGGAACCUCGUGUGGAGGGACGAUGGGUGGGUGUGGUCGGUCUGCGACACUUGCUUGGCCAACGAAGGGGGAUGGCGCAAGUAUAGCCACCUAGAACGAUAG